GUCAGGUCGAGUUCGGGUUCGGUCAGGUUUGACCCAUUUUUAGUGGGUCAUUUCGGGUUUGAUCAUCAAAACAUUUAUUCAGAAUCUAGUGUUUUCAGGCCGGGUAUCGGGUCAAAAAAGAUCGGGUCAUUUUUUGCAAAAGGUCUAAUUAGAACCAUGGGUCACCCACUUGUUCUUCUGUUCGUUUUUCUGUCAAAAGAGCAAUUCCGGAAAAUUUACUAUUUUCCCCUCAAAAACAAUGCUCCGACUACAACUGCUACUUCGGCAGCCUAUGCUCGACAGCCAUGGCCGCCUAUCGUUGUCAGCGCCGCCGCCACGCCCUCCGCUCAUUUCACUGUCUUGGAAGUCUCUCACUCCUCCGUCUUCUUCCCGUCUCAAGCUCAAUUUCCCAUUUCGAACUUCCCCGUCUCGCCUCUUCUGUAAUUUGAAGGACUCAGAUAUUACAUCACAGCUGGAACUUGGGAAGCCCGUCGAGAAGCACAAGCCACAGAAGCGUGUGAAUGGAAUUUUCUGGAUUCUACUCAUAAACCUUGGAAUAUAUGUUGCUGAUCACAUUUUCCAGGCUCGGGGCAUAAGAGCAUUGUAUUUAUACCAUAAUCAUCCUGCUUGGUAUCAGUUUGCAACUGCCACAUUCUGUCAUUUCAACUGGAAUCAUUUAUCAAGCAACCUCUUCUUCUUGUAUAUUUUUGGAAAGCUUGUCGAAGAGGAAGAAGGAAGCUUUGCAUUAUGGUUUUCUUAUCUAAUAACCGGGGUCGGGGCAAACAUUGUUUCUUGGCUAGUUCUUCCUAGAAAUGCUGUUUCUAUUGGGGCAUCUGGUGCCGUAUUCGGACUCUUUGCUAUUAGCGUACUCGUGAAGAUGUCUUGGGAUUGGAGGAAGAUUCUCGAAGCGCUUAUAUUGGGCCAAUUUGUGGUGGAAAGGUGGAUCAGGUGAUGGAAGCCGCCCAAGCUUCAACGGCAUUGCCAACCGGUUUUAAUGGAGGCUAUGCACUACAGACAGUCAAUCACAUUGCACAUCUCUCAGGUGCGUUAAUCGGUGUAGCUCUCAUAUGGCUCCUAAGCCAGAUCCCUUCGGAACCAUCUGAAACACAUGCGAAGAAGAAGAAUUGAAGAAGAUCUAACUAGCUGUUUCGCCGAAUGCAUUGCUUUGCUUAAUUAAAAUAUAUAUAGGUCCUUGACAAGGUCCCUGUGUCCGAAUUUGUCACGGAUUAGAAACCGAGGCAGGCCAAAAGGUGCUCUGCCUCUAAUACUAUAAGGGUCCGUUUGGUACACAGAAUUGGCAGAAUUUUAAUUGAGCACUAUGUAGUGGUGUGCACACGUGGUAUGCCACGUGUCAUCACACAACAAGUUAACUCACUACUAGCUAGAAUUUCACCCUAUUAGGUGCAGAUAAUUAGAGGGGACGAUUCCGCCGCUAAUUAGUGGCGAA